AUGGCCCAAGUCACUCAGCUGCAACUCCGAUUUGAACAUGAAGCGUCAACCGUCUCCGAACAACUGGCAGGAAUGGCUCAGAGGUUUGAGGACAUGCAGGUGUUAUUCACGACGAGCUCGCACGGAGUCGCCAGUUGCAUGCGGGAAAAGAAGAUGAGCCCCGGAGGGCCUUCGAAGAGAGCCGCCGCCGCUAAGUCUUCCCGCCGAUUGUCUUCUUUCCAAGUUUCUGGAAUUUUCUACAGCAAUGACCUGACCUGGCGUCGUUCACUUGUGCUACUUCCCAACCGACACGGUCAAGCGUGGCUUCCUUGA